AGAUCUGCUUGGUAAGGCGCCAUGUUACCACACUGUACCGAGUCUAUUCAGAAUUCGAACAUGCCAAUAAUGUUGAAUAGCGAUGACGUAAGCGAUGGACGCUUAGCGUCACAAUCUCGCCUAUUACUACAACUCAACAAGUUCUACAACGAAAAGGUCAUAUCCAGGCAAGCGUCUACAGCCAAAACUAUUCGAGAUGUAUGCAAAGUUGUGGUGGACGUUCUCAAAGAAGUAGAAGUUCAAGAACCCCGUUUUAUAACAACUCUCUCUGAAAAUGGAGGUCGCUUUGAAGGUCUAGAAGUAAAAUCUGCGACUGAAUUCGAAGUCGUCUUAUUUCUCAAUCAAAUGGGAGUGUUCAAUUUCGUAGACGAUGGUACUAUUCCAGGCUGUUCUGUGCUAAAGUUAAGUGACGGUCGGAAGCGUUCAAUGUCUUUAUGGGUUGAAUUUAUUACAGCCUCCGGUUAUUUGUCGGCGCGUAAAAUCCGCUCCAGAUUCCAGACUUUAGUUGCCCAAGCCGUCGAUAAAUGCUCUUUCAGGGAUACAGUAAAGUUAGUAGCCGAAACUAGCGAAGUCAAGUUAAAGAUUAAAGAUCGUUUCGUAGUCCAAAUUACACCAGCUUUCAGAUGCGGCGGAAUAUGGCCCAGAUCUGCGUCUCAUUGGCCAGCAACGUCUCCAUGGCCUAGUCCUAACCUAGUCGCUGAAGUUAAAACGGAAGGAUUUAAUUUAUUAAGUAAAGAUUGCGUCUAUAUGAAAGAUAAACAAUCGUCGGCGUCGGCCGCCGAGGGAGACGCCUGGAUAUUAUCCUUUACAGAAGCCGAAUUAAUUCUAUUAAGUGGCGGCUGUAGGCGACGAGUAUUAUCUAUAUUAAAAACCCUAAAGGAAAGACAUUUACAAAUUCCAGGCGAACCACUAACAAACUAUCAUAUGAAGACGUUAGUUUUGUACGAGUGUGAAAAACAUCCUAGAGAAUCCGACUGGGAUGAAUCUUGUAUUGGAGACCGGCUCAACGGUGUUCUUCUCCAACUGAUUUCCUGUCUACAAAACCGCAGGUGCCCCCAUUACUUCCUACCUAAUUUAGAUUUAUUCAGAGGAAAAUCACCCGCUUCUUUGGAUUCAGCGGCAAAAUGUGCUUGGAGAAUCCUACGCGACUUGGUAACAAACAGCCGAAAUUUGGAAAAUUUAUAAGAAAGUAAUAAAAAAUAUGGCAAAAAGAGGACGAUAUCAAAUUGCCUCUUGAUGACCUUUUAGUCUUGACAGACGCACAGCACGUAUGUAUAUGAAGUUGAUUUAUAUUACAAGCCUUCAGUAUUAUAUAUACACUUUAUACAAGAUAUAUAUAUAUAUAUGUAUUAUAAAGCGUUCUUUAUAUUCCUUUUGUAUGUCCAUGUAUAUAUAUAUAUAUAAAUAUAUACAUUGCCUUGUAUAUCGACGAGUCUGUUUAAUAACUGGGUAAACUUUAUCGUAAUCGUUUUGGACAGAUCAAUUACUUUUUUUAAGAACUGCCGACCCCCUUUAACAAAAUCGCCUUUAUUUUCAUAUCAGAAUGGAAAAUAUGUUGUGUAUAUAUUUAAAUAAAUGUAAAACUCCAU